AACAGAUGGCGCUUUAAACGUAGAAAUGCAAUUUACUUUAAGUUGUGAUUUAAAUAUUUAUUUCGCAAAAACAUAAGACAGUGAUAGAACAAACAGCUGUUAAUUACAAAUAUACAAUAAUCUGUAAUCAUGUUUUUACCUUUACGCGUCAGUCGCGUACUUGCUAAUUGCAAGAAUGCUAGAGGAUUACAUACUUCAAGCAUUUUUACCUCAGAUCAAUUAUUUGUUCAUAGAGACAGCGAAGUUGAUAAUCCAAGUAUACCGUUUGAGUUCAAUGAAGCAAAUAAGAAACGAAUUGAAGCUCUUUUGAAAAUUUAUCCUGAAGGUCAUAAACGUGGUGCAAUGAUACCUCUAUUGGAUUUAGCUCAACGUCAACAUGGAUGGUUACCCAUUUCUGCAAUGCACAAAGUGGCAGAAAUACUAAAUGUUCCUCGCAUGCGAGUCUAUGAAGUUGCAACAUUUUAUACAAUGUUCAACAGAAGACCAAUGGGAAAGUAUCAUGUACAAAUUUGUACUUGUACACCAUGUUGGUUACGAGAUUCUGAUUCUAUUGUAGAAGCUGUAACCAAAGCUACAAAUUGUAAAGUUGGUGAAAUGUCAGCAGAUAAAUUAUUUACUGUUUCUGAAGUGGAAUGUCUUGGUGCUUGCGCUAAUGCACCAAUGUUCCAAGUUAAUGAUGAUUACUAUGAAGAUUUAACACCAGAAACUGCUACUACCAUAAUAAAUGCACUUAAAAAAGGUGAAAGACCACCACCAGGGCCACAAAAUUCUCCUAGAUUUGCAGCAGAUCCAGCAUCUGGCUUAACAUCAUUGACUUCCCCACCACCAGGACCUGGAUUUGGUGUUAGAUCAGAUUUAUAAUUUAUUGUAUAUAUAUAAAUAAUAUAUGCAGUCUGUCAAGAAUUUAGCACUGAUUGAAUGUAUAAAUAGAAUGUCUAAUAC